AUGGAGAGAAGUUCAGGUCUAUCAAAUGGAAGAGAAGGCAGUGAAGCUGACUUCUCCGUGAUCACACUUAGGCCCUUGGAGCUUUCUGACAUUGAUGAUUUCAUGGUGUGGGCUACAGAUGAGAAAGUGCCUCGUUUCUGCACUUGGGAACCUUAUGCCAGCAAAGGCCUAAACUUCAUCAAAAAUGUUGUUCUCCCCCACCCGUGGUUCAUGGCAAUCUGCCUUGAAAACAGGCCUAUUGGUUCCAUUUCGGUGACCUCGAAUUCGGGCAACGAUCGGUGCAGAGGAGAACUUGGCUAUGUUUUAGGGUCCAGGUACUGGGGCAAGGGGAUUGUAACACAGGCUGUGAAACUGGUGGCUGAUAUUAUAUUCAAAGAGUGGACACAUUUGGAGAGGCUUGAAGCUCUUGUUGAUGUGGAAAAUGUGGCAUCUCAGAGGGUGCUUGAGAAGGCAGGGUUUCAGAGGGAAGGUGUUCUGAGGAAGUACUUUAUUUUGAAGGGAAGAAGUAAGGAUAUGGUGAUGUUCGCCCUUCUUUCUACAGAUUGGCGAACUUGA